AUGGCAGAGACAACAUUCUUUCUUUUCUCCCAACUUCCGACAGAACUUCGCCGCCUAAUUUGGCGCGAGGCCUUGCCGAAAUACACUGGGCCGAGUCUAUUCUUCUUCAAACGUGAAUGUUGGUGGCUAGACCCUGAGAGUAUGGUACCAGAGACAGGGGAUCUGGAGAUGCGCUUCUUCCCCGGCCGGUUGGAUGAUGAUGUCCAAUUAGAUGUGCAUAUCUUCAACGCCAAUCACGAGGCUCGCGGUGUUGCGCUGGAUUGGUUCCGCGAACAGGGUAUCAAUAUCAAAAUAAACGAGAACGGCCAGAAGAUUUUCUCACGCUCCUUCAAUCCUCAGCGCGAUGUAUUAUAUAUAACGCCCGAAAGGUGGGACGACUUCCAGCGUAGGGGCCUGGGUGAUAUAGAAGGUGUACCUUUCGUCCUUAAAUCCGAACCCGAGCGUGUUGCCGUGUCUCUGGACGUUUUUCUGCGCCCCAUCAACGUCGGUAUACUGCCAGAAGUGAUGUGGUAG